AUGCGAAGAACAUUGUGUAAUCUCGAGUUGGUGAGAGUUAGACGACGAUCACCAUAGCUCACGAGCUGCGAGGUCUCACCGGAAGCAUUGAUCAUCUCGAUCUUUCUGAAUUAGAAGUGCACCACCGCCGGCGCCGCCGCGCUGCAGUGACUUUCAGAUGCCAUUCUCCUCCCGACGCGGAGGAGGCGGGUGGCCUCACUCUCUUCUCCCCACUACCACUAAGCCUUCCCCGAAGCAAUCUCGUAAGUACCGCAAACGCGCCCUUAUCCGAGACUUCAUACUCUCCAAUUUCUUCACCAUCGGCAUCUUAUUCUCUCUCACCUUCUUCAUUCUGAUCGUCUACAAGUACGGCGUCCCCAAGCCACUCCUCUCUUCCCACCUCCGUUCCGCCCGAUCCCGCUUUCAUCGCCUCCGGAAAACCGUUCACCGGGAAUCCCCAACAAACGAAACCGUUUUGGAAGCUUUCGUGGAUAUAACAACCAAGGGACUUUACGACAAGAUUCAAUUCCUGGAUGAGGACGGCGGAGCUUGGAAGCAGGGAUGGAAUGUUAGUUACGUAGGAGACGAAUGGGAUUCGGAGAAAUUGAAGGUUUUCUUGGUUCCACAUUCGCAUAAUGAUCCGGGCUGGAUCUUCACAGUCGAAGAGUACUAUGAUCGGCAAUCCAGGCAUAUCCUCGACACCAUUGUUGAAACACUUUCAAAGGUAAUUAAACUCUUCGAUUUCACUGUGUAUAAAUCCCCGGCCCGGAUAGUGUUUAACCAAUUUAUUCUCUUUCUUUCUGAUUUUUGGUCUGAAUUAAUUAAGGAUGUUCGUCGCAAGUUUAUAUGGGAGGAAAUGUCUUAUUUGGAGAGAUGGUGGCGGGAUACCUCGCAUGAGAGUAAAGACGCCUUCAUCAACUUGGUGCAUAAUGGGCAGUUAGAAAUCGUUGGAGGUGGUUGGGUGAUGAAUGAUGAGGCUAACUCGCAUUAUUUUGCAAUUAUAGAACAGGUGACUGAGGGAAAUAUGUGGUUAAAUGAAACUAUUGGUGUAGUUCCUAAAAACUCAUGGGUUAUAGAUCCAUUUGGGUAUUCUGCAACAAUGGCGUAUCUGUAUCGCCGUAUGGGUUUUGAGAAUAUGCUUAUACAGAGGACACAUUAUGAGUUGAAGAAGGAACUAGCUUUGCAUAAGGACUUAGAAUAUGUGUGGCGACAAAGCUGGGAUGCUGAAGAAACAACUGACAUUUUUGUCCACAUGAUGCCCUUCUAUUCAUACGACAUUCCACAUACCUGUGGUCCUGAGCCUGCAAUCUGUUGUCAGUUUGAUUUUGCAAGAAUGUAUACGUACGAAAGCUGCCCUUGGGGCGAAAAUCCAGUGGAGACAACCCAAGAAAAUGUUAUGGAAAGGGCACUUAUGCUGUUGGAUCAAUACAGAAAGAAGUCGACACUGUAUAGAACAAAUACGCUUCUUGUUCCUCUUGGAGAUGAUUUUCGUUAUGUUAGCAGUGAUGAAGCUGAAGCUCAGUUCAGGAACUAUCAACUUCUGUUUGACUAUAUCAAUGCUAAUCCUGACUUGAAUGCUGAAGCUAAAUUUGGCACUCUUGAAGAUUAUUUCCAGGCGCUGAGAGAGGAAGUCAUCAGGGUAAACUAUUCUCGUCCAAAUGAGAUUGGCUCUGGUGAGAUUGGAGGCUUUCCUUCUCUCUCAGGCGAUUUCUUUACUUACGCUGACAGGAACCAGGAUUACUGGAGUGGCUAUUAUGUUUCUCGCCCUUUCUUCAAGGCUGUUGAUCGUGUACUGGAGCAAACCUUGCGGGGUGCUGAAAUGAUGAUAGUUUUCCUUCUAGGACACUGCCAGAGACCAAAUUGUGAGAAGUUGCCGACUGGAUUUGCCUACAAGUUGACAGCUGCGAGAAGAAACCUGGCACUGUUUCAGCAUCACGACGGGGUGACUGGUACUGCCAAGGAUCACGUGGUUCAGGACUAUGGAAUGCGAAUGCAUAUGGCUUUGGAAGACCUUCAAAUCUUCAUGUCCAAAGCUAUCGAGGUCCUGAUUGGGAUUCGCCACGAAAGAGAUGAUCAGACUCCAUCUGAGUUUGAGCCAGCAAAGCUGAGAUCCAAAUAUGAUGCUCAGCCAGUACACAAAACAAUAGAUGCCAUGGAAGAAACUCUGCAGAGUUUGGUCAUUUUUAACCCACUAGAACAGACAAGAGAUGAAGUUGUGACAGUGAUUGUUGGCAGGCCAAAUGUGGUGAUUUUGGACUCAAACUGGACAUGUGUGGAAAGCCAGAUAUCUCCUGAAUUACACCUCGAUAAAGAUAAGAUUUUCACUGGAAGACAUCGCGUCUACUGGAGAGCUUCAGUUCCUCCAAUGGGGUUGCAGACUUAUUACAUCGCAAACGGAUUUCCUACCUGCGAAAAGGCAAAACCAGCACACUUAAAAAUGUUCAUGCCUGGUAAAAUUUCUUGCCCAUCACCCUACACUUGCUCAAAAGCAAAAGGAAAUGAAGCAACGAUUCAAAAUCAGCAUCAAACACUUACUUUCAACUUGAAGUCUGGGCUGUUGGAGAAAGUAAACUCAAAUGUAGUUGGUGAAGAAAUAAGCAUAUACUCCAGCACAGAAAGUGGAGCAUAUAUAUUCAAACCAGAUGGUGAUGCUGAGCCUAUUUCACUGUCUGGUGGAGUGAUGGUUAUAGCCGAUGGCGAAUUGGUGAAGGAAGCACGCUCUUUCCCAAAGACGCUAUGGCAGAAAGCUCCGGUUUCCCAUAGCACCCGAAUCUAUAACUGUGAUGGUUGCAUACAGGACUACAUUGUUGAGAAGGAGUACCAUGUUGAGCUUAUUGGAUAUGAGUUCAACAACAAAGAAUUGAUAACUAGGUUCAAGACUGACAUUGACAACAAAAGGAUUUUCUAUUCUGAUUUGAAUGGAUUCCAAAUGAGCCGCAGGGAAACCUACGACAAGAUUCCUGUUCAGGGAAACUAUUAUCCAAUGCCCUCUCUUGCAUUCAUGCAGGGAUCAAACGGCCAACGCUUCUCCAUCCACACCCGCCAGUCACUGGGCGCUGCAAGCCUGAAAGAUGGAUGGUUAGAGAUCAUGCUUGACCGGAGGUUGAUGAGAGACGACGGGCGGGGUCUUGGUCAGGGAGUGAUGGAUAACCGGAGGAUGAACGUCGUCUUCCAUGUUCUUCUUGAGUCCAACGUUUCAACCGUUGCAGAUUCUGUUGCAAUUUCUAACCCGUUUAGCCCCUCUCUUCUAUCUCAUUUGGUUGGUGCCCGCUUAAACCAUCCCCUCAACAUAUUUGUAGCUAAGAAAGCUGAAAAAAUCUCUGUGCAGCCACCGCCACGGUCCUUCUCUCCAAUGGCGGCUUCUUUGCCCUGUGACUUGCAUAUUGUGAGCUUCAAGGCGCCGCGGCCCAUGAGAAAUUCCCAGGAUCCCCGUGAAGAUCCCAGGUUUGUUCUUGUUUUCCAGCGCCGACACUGGGAUUCCUCGUACUGUCAGAAAGGCAGAUCCAACUGUUCAAGUGUAGUUGACACGCCGGUUAAUCUGUUUGAAAUGUUCAACGACCUUGAAGUCUUGUACCCAAAAGCUACGUCUUUGAAUCUCUUGCAUGAAGACACAGAGAUGCUUGGCUAUGGCAGACAUUUCACAGAUGGCGCCAGGGAAGGGCAUGUACUCCUUUCUCCCAUGGAAAUUCAGGCUUAUAAGUUGGAGCUAAAGGCCCACCAACUAUGAAAUCAUUUUUUUGUUCUUCUUGAAAAACUUCUGAUGUUCUUGAUUAAUUUUAAAACUAAUUUUCAGUUCAAAUAGUGGGAACAACAUUCACAGAAUAUAUUACUUGAGUUCUGAAUACAAAUUCAUUUUUUUUUAAAUUACGAGAGAAACUUGCAGCCACUACCCGAUGGUGUGUACUGGGUAAAUCAUGCAUUGUGAUCAUAACUAGCAAAUGACCACAAUGAGAUAAACCAGUCUAGGUUGACCAGAGCUAACCAAGUCAACCUAAGAAGGCCAAUAGACUGCUCCCGCUG